AUGAAGGAUUUUCCUAUAGUACAUCGCAACCAACGCCAACCGAUCGUCGAUCACGGACGACGAGAUCGAGAUGAUGGUUCCAUGGCUGAAGCCUUCGAGGAUGGACACGCGCGGGCGUUCCUGGUGGAGUUCGAGGACGUCGCAGAGCUGACGGGAAUACGGUCGGACCGGGGUAAGUUGACGGCCCUCCGAGCGCGAGCGGUAUUGGAGUUGGCGCAGAGGCCCGGAGAAGAUGGAGUGAUUCGCCGUAAAAGACGCCCUGAUGCACUUCCAACGCUGGAAGAUACCGCGCGUUCGGAACUACUGCUUGAUCGUUUUAUGGAGAGACUGCCGAAAGAUUUGCGCGAGACCGUAUGGAUAAAUAAUGCCGAGAAGACUAUGGAUGUAUUCUAA